AGAGGGAGGUAAUACGUGAGUGCGGAGAGAAUUCGCCCCUCGAGCGACUGAUGAUAUUGAAGGAAAUUCGAUUUGAGUUUAUUCACUCUGUUUUGCAACAUAAUUUUGUCAUUGCAGUUAAUUUGUCAAAACGUUUUGUUUAUUCGUCUUGAAUUUGAGAGCCCGGAGAAAAGAGGACUGAUGGCCUCACCGGGACCCAAAUCCCCGGAGCAGUCUGAGAAGACUCGAAAAUAUGACAGACAAUUGAGGUUAUGGGGGGACCAUGGACAGGUAGCGUUGGAGGGAGCCCACAUUUGUCUCAUCAAUGCCACUGGACUGGGGACUGAAAUCCUGAAGAGCUUGGUUUUACCUGGAAUUGGUGCUUUCACAAUUGUGGAUGGGAAGAAAAUAAGUCAGGAGGACAUUGGAGCCAAUUUUUUCCUAGAUGCCGACAGUAUCGGGAAAUCUCGAGCCCAGGUGGCGACUCAGCUCCUCCUGGAGCUGAAUCAAGACGUUCGAGGUGACUACAUCGACGAGGGUCCAGACCAGAUCCUCUACAACAGUCCUGACUUCUUCAACAGCUUCACAGUGGUGGUGGCAACAGCCCUUGCCGAAAAAUCCCUGAUUCUCCUGUCCAGAAAGCUCUUCGACCUAAACAUUCCUCUGAUCGCCUGCCAGAGCAUAGGGUUUAUCGCUUACAUGAGGGUUCAGACACGUGAGCACACGAUAAUAGAAACUCAUCCUGACAAUGAACGCCCUGAUCUCCGCCUGGACAAGCCCUUCGAAGGUCUCAAACAACACAUGGACAUGAUCGACAUGGAGAAACUGGACCUGAAGGACCACUCUCACACACCCUACGUCGUUGUUCUGUACAAGUACCUGGAGAAGUGGAUGAAGGAGAAUGGGAGUCCACCUAGAAAUUAUAGGGAGAAGAGGGAGCUGAGGGAAAUGAUUAAACAGGGAAUUCGAAGAGAUGAGCAUGACAAUCCCCUGGACGAGGAGAACUUCGAGGAGGCAAUGAGGGCUGUGAAUACCAGCAUAGGAACUACGACUGUUUCCAAGAAUGUCCUGGAUGUACUGAAUGAUGAGAGAUGUGUCAAUCUUACUGCUAAAAGCUCCUCUUUUUGGAUUAUUGCCAGAGCGAUCAGGGAUUUCAUGGAAAACGAAGGUUCUGGAUUACUUCCCGUCACUGGUGCUCUUCCUGACAUGACUGCUGAUACCGAGAAAUACAUCGCACUUUCACAAAUAUACCAUAAACAAGCAAUGAGUGAUGUCGAGGCGGUCUGGCGCCACACAAUUCGCCUUCUCCGACAGCUGGGACGUUCCUCAGACUCAAUCCUCGAGAAAGAAGUCAAGUUAUUCUGCCGUUAUGCUUCGGACAUCCACGUGGAGCGUGGCACAUCGAUAGCAGACGAGUACGACCCAAAAACUAUAAACGCCAAUGAUAUCGCCGAGAGCCUGGAGAAUACCGAGAGCAUGAUGCUGUACUACGUAGUUCUGAGGGGGCUUCAGAAGUUCCAGUCAGAGUAUAACUCUUAUCCUGGGGAAUUUGACGAUCAUGUGGAGCCAGAUAUUGUCAAAUUGAAAGCUUGCAUUUCCAAAUUACUGGGGGAGUGGGGAUGUGGGCCACUGGCCAAGGACGAUUACGUUCACGAGUUCUGCCGGUUCGGUGGUGCUGAGUUACACUCAGUGUCAGCAUUUCUCGGAGGUCUAGUUGCUCAGGAGACCAUUAAAUUUAUUACUUCACAGUACAAACCGAUUCACAAUACGUUUAUCCACGAUGCUGUCACUUCUAAUUCGGCGACUUUCUUUUUCUGAAGUUUCUCGAGAGAGGGAGGAGAUAAUCAAUUAUUAAAUAUUAUUUUUAUAUUCUUAGAUCAGAAUAAUUUCCGGGAAUUGGAGUUUUGCGUGAAUGGAAAUAGAUUUUUCUAGUUACUUUAGGAAUGAAAAGAAAAAAUUUGGAAUUUCGAUUGGGAAGAAACUAAUGAUUUAUGGAAACGUGCAAGUGUGGACAGGUAUAUUAAUAGGGAGAUGACGUGUAUUUUUCUUCGACAGAAUAAAGUUAUCUCCUUUCAUCGGUAGUUAAGGAGCUAUUGACGUUUGAAAACAA